AUGGACGCGGAACGCGACUUGCCCGAGAAGAGGAAUCCUCUCGUCGAGGAGAAACACACUCCACCGCUCGAAAUCCUUGUUGAGAGACGUCGGUUAGGACAGACGGAGCUCACAGUGAAGCCCGGUCAAAUCGGUACAUCCAAUGCGACAAAGCUCCAAAACCUGGGCAUGUUCGAUUACGCUCACCUGCGCGUGCCUCUGCCCAAAGAUCUGCAGGGAAGCGGCAUCUUCGCCCCGUCGCGACGCAACCAGUCCUACCCGGAAGCUUACUUUUUGAUGAGACGUUCUAACGACGGCUACAUCAGCGCGACUGGCAUGUACAAGGCUGCGUUCCCCUGGUCAUCACUCGAGGAGGAGGAGAUAGAGAAGAAGUACAUCAAGUCACUGGUCGAAACCGACAGCGAGGAGAUUGCUGGAAACGUGUGGAUUCCCCCGGCGUCGGCUUUGACUCUCGCAGAGACCUACAGUAUGCGCCCCUGGAUCGAAGCUCUGCUCGACCCUGAGCCCAUUGCGAAGGGCACUCACGACCCUAACAAGAAGAUCGCUACACCUCCCCGCUUUGCCAUCUCCAACUCGGAAGCUACCACUCUCCCUCCUCCCGCAGAAACCAGCUUGCGCCGUCGCACCCUUCGUUCUGCCUCGCCUGCAAAGGCUCCUCCCACUCCCAGCCGCAAGAUCGCAACUCCCCGGAGGACCCGUCGCGCAAAGCCUACAUCCAACGCGCUUCCCCCUACUGCUGAAAGCGCCGAAGAA